AUGCGAAGCUCUACUAUCGUCGUCGCUGUCGGCGCCCUUGUGUCAUGUCAACAACUGUCCACGGUAUCUGCCAGCAGCCCCACUGGUCAUUCCAACAGUGUUACGACCUCAAGUCGAUCCUUGCGUGCCCAUCACCACCACCACAAGCCCACAACAACUACGUUACCACGACCUACACACCACAAGCUCCGCCAUUCUCCGUCGCAACCACACACAAACCCCGCCACAGCGGUGGACUUUGCACUGUCGUGUGAGUUUGAAGGCACUUCACUUCGAAAUCGCCAAACGCUGCAGCUAACUGGGUCGAAAGGUCACAAGGGACGUUUGUACACUGUGUGUUUGGAUGGGAAGGUUGUAUGCCACGAAGAGCUCGGCGUAGCCGACACACCCGCCCUAGUGGACAUGAACUGCUCUGCGAUCUCUCCUAGCCGGCGAUUAGUGUACUCCCCAAGUGGCUACCGGCGUCGUACAGUAUGCUACAUCAUCGCGUCCAACUUUACAUCAUCGCAACGGGCGCAGAUUGAUAACGCCAUGUCGCAGUUCCAAGACGAGACCACCAUUCGAUUCCUCGAGGUUUCUGCGUGUUCGGUCAAUGUCACGAUGAUCGGCGGCAAGGCCAUCUGUGGCAACUGCCUCAACUACGCCAAUAUUAACAACUGGGACGCAGGAUGCUACGCUGCCGUGGGCUUCCAGAACGCUGACCCCCAAGUCCUCAACCUGAACGCCGCCUGCUUUGACGACCUCACAGGCACUGGCCGUGUCGUCCAUGAAGUUAGUUGUUUGACUACGCGCUAUCGGGCACAUUCGCACCCCGAGCGCAAAGUGAUUGUCAUCCCAGUCGAGCUUAAAGUAUCGAGAAACAACUACCAAGUGUUUACAACUGCCGUCAAACUAUUCAAGAACGACCCCGCCUCGAUCAUGCACUACGGAUCCACGGCGGCGUCGAUUCAGUACUGCCUCGUGUCUCAAUCACCAGACCAGGACAACUGCAUCCUCCCCACGCGGGAUGCCUGCGAUGAAAAAGGGUCGGAAGUGCUGGGCCAACGCAUGAAGCUGAGUCCGUUAGACUUGGAAUCCGUGGUUCAGCUGUAUGGCAAUGUCACAACCAGACAACGGUGCAUUGAGCUGGGCCACAAAGAAUGCCCUUGCGAGGAAGGUCGGGGGCAACCGAACUCCACACCGCCGAGUCCAGCUACGUCCAGCAACGGGUUCUUUCGGUUUCUUGCAGAAUUGACACGGUGGUUUGCAUAA